ACUUGAAGAAUAUAAAAUUUUACAAAUGUAGAAAAACCAGAACUGUUCCAAGUUUUACAGAGAAAAAGGGUAGAGAUAUUAGCAACAAAAAGAAAAAGGAACACAGAAAAGAGAAUAAAGGGAGGGAAGAAAGCACAUCAAAGCCACUUUAUUUUCUUUGAUCCAAUCUAAACCCACUUCACUUUAUCUCUGCAACACACACCACCAUUGUAAGUUAUUGUUCUUGUUCCUUUUUCUCUUUUGUUCUGUCUUUUUUUUGUCUUUUCCCUUCACACAUUCAUUCCAAAAUCUUCAAAUUCAUCCACCAAGUUCCUAUUUUUCAUCUUCCAAAGCUUAAAAUUCUUCUUCAUCUUCAUAAAAAUCACACCUUUACAAUGACCCAUCAUCAUUUUUGCUAUUAUCUCACACUCUUUUACCUUAUUCUUCACUGUGUAACCCUUUCUCACUCAAUUGAUAUUCACCCACAAGACAAAAAAUCUCUUUUAUUGUUCAAAUCAUCAUUGCAUGACCCUAGCCAAAGUUUAACCAACUGGGUUGGUUCAAAUUGCACUACAUGGGUUGGAAUCACUUGUGAAAAUACUACUGGUAGAGUGGUUUCAAUCAACCUAAACAGUAUGAAUUUGUCAGGUCAAAUCCACCCCAAUUUUUGCAACCUUUUGUAUCUUGAAAAAGUGGAUUUUUCACACAAUAAUUUCACAUGCACUCUACCUGUUUGUUUUGGAGACUUAUUGAACCUUAGAGUUAUUGAUCUUAGUCAUAAUAGGUUUCAUGGUGGAAUACCAAACUCUUUCAUGAGGCUUAAGCAUCUCACCGAGCUUGUUUUGAAUGAGAAUCCACCUUUGGGAGGUUUAUUGCCUUUUUGGAUAGGUAACUUCUCUGCAAAUCUUGAAAGAGUUCAGCUUGGUUAUUGUUCAUUCAGUGGAAGUAUACCUGAGAGUUUGCUUUAUUUGAAGUCUCUUAAGUAUUUGGACCUUGGAAGCAAUUUAUUGUCUGGUAAUCUUGUUGAUUUUCAACAGUCUUUCGUUUUUCUCAACCUUGGUUCCAAUCAGUUUACAGGUACUUUGCCUUGUUUUGCAGCUUCAGUUCAGUCCUUAACUGUGUUGAAUUUGUCUAACAAUUCUAUUGUGGGGGGUUUACCUGCUUGUAUUGCUAAUUUUCAAGCUUUGACUCAUUUGAACUUAUCAAGGAACCAUUUGAAGUAUAGAAUAUAUUCAAGGCUUGUGUUCUCAGAGAAACUUGUUGUUUUGGAUUUGAGUAAUAAUGAAUUGUCUGGUCCUAUUCCUAGUAAAAUUGCAGAGACCACCGAAAAACUUGGUCUUGUUUUUCUUGACCUUUCUCACAAUCAAUUCUCUGGUGAAAUUCCAUUGAAAAUUACUGAGUUAAAAAGCUUGCAGGCUUUGUUCCUUUCUCACAAUCUUCUUUCUGGAGAAAUUCCUGCUAGAAUUGGAAAUUUGACUUAUCUUCAAGUCAUUGAUAUUUCACACAACUCUUUGUCUGGUACCAUUCCAUUCAGUAUUGUUGGAUGCUUUCAGUUGUAUGCUCUAAUACUUAAUAAUAACAAUCUUUCUGGUGUGAUUCAACCGGAGUUUGACGCGUUGGAUAUCUUGAGGAUACUAGAUAUAAGCAACAAUAGGUUUUCCGGGGCUAUUCCACUCACUUUGGCUGGUUGUAAAUCUUUGGAGAUUGUAGAUUUUAGUUCCAAUGAUCUUUCUGGAUCCUUGAACGAUGCAAUAACCAAAUGGACAAACCUCAGGUAUCUUUCUCUUGCGUGGAACAAAUUCAAUGGAAACUUGCCUAGUUGGUUGUUCGCAUUUCAAGCUAUUGAAACAAUGGAUUUGUCACACAACAAAUUUUCUGGCUUUAUACCUGAUAUUAAUUUGAAGGGUAGCUUAUUAUUUAACACACGGAAUGUUACUGUUAAAGAGCCUUUUGUUGAAGCUACAAAGGUGUUUGAACCAAGAGUUUCAGUAGUUGUUUCUGAUAGCAAUCAACUCAGUUUCACAUAUGAUCAUUCAUCGAUGUUCGGAAUCGAUCUCUCCGAUAACUUGUUGCAUGGUGAGAUUCCAAGGGGCUUAUUUGGCCUAUCUGGCUUAGAAUAUCUGAAUUUGUCAAACAAUUUUCUCAACGGACAGCUUCCUGGUUUGCAGAAAAUGCAGAGUUUGAAAGCUAUAGAUUUGUCGCAUAAUUCCCUAUCAGGACAUAUCCCGGGAAACAUUUCCAGCCUUCAAGAUCUUACCAUCUUGAAUCUGUCUUACAACUGUUUCUCUGGAUAUGUUCCUCAGAAGCAAGGUUACGGAAGAUUUCCUGGUGCAUUUGCUGGAAAUCCAGAUUUAUGCUUGGAAUCUCCGAGUGGAGUGUGUGAGGAUGGGAGAAUUCCAUCAAAUCAAGGAAGUUAUUUUAAGGAAGAUAAGAUGGAUGGACCAAUAUCUGUAGGGAUUUUCUUUAUCAGUGCCUUUGUUAGUUUUGAUUUUGGUGUUGUUGUUCUAUUCUGUUCUGCUCGAACAAGAAAGUACAUUCUCCAAACCAAAACUUGAUAUGAUACAUCUCAUAAUGGCAAUCUUUGUCCUGUAAAUUCGAUUUUGUAAUUUGGUAGCUGCCUUCCUGUUUCAAGUGAACAUAGACAUCUGUGUCCCAGAAACGACACAACCAAAUGUAGUGAUGUGAGUCACCAACGGUUUAAACCAUUCAUGACCAGCAGUUUAAACCAUUCAUGACUCUGAAUAGAGUGUAAUUGUAAAGACUAACCAUGCAUUAUUCAGCUGGGAAAAGAAUGGAUGGUUAUUGUGAAAAUUUUAUCCGAGUAAAGACAAGUCCUACAUCAUUAUCACAUUUAUUCACAUGCCAUACCAUGUUAUUUACAAUCAGUGGAGGCUUAGCAGGAAACAUGACUUUGUAUCUAGUCUAGUUAUGGUGAAAUUUUGAUCUUGGUCAUCAAUUUGCAGAUUUAAAAACAUGUUUACGUUUAUAGGACAUGUAUGAUUCUAGAUUUACC